CCAUUCUAUGUUACAGCCUGGGCAACAAAUGCAUAUCACAGCGAUCAGAUUUCUACAUGGUUUGACAUAUGAAAUGCAUUAAGGGAGGCGUAGUGUUGGAGUUCACGUACACACUAUAGUAUCCAAGCCCCGUCGUGCAUCGCUGGAGUCCUGUUGCCACCGAGGCUCCUCUGGCUCUUCCCUUGCGUGAUGCUCACACUGUAUGACGCCGCAUGUCUAGCGUCGCAUAGCCCGAGCUCUUAAGACGCGAGUGGGAACGGUCCCUACUGCGUGUCAGUGAAGUCCCCCAUUUUACACCAAGGCCAAACAAUCUGGUCUAGAAAAUCGGGACUCAAUACAAUUAACGCUUUUUAAUCACUUUGAUACCCGCCAGGGCUGACCUCCGCAAGCCUCUCCAAGAUCCAUCAUAAGAACUCACAAUGGGCAAGCAGAACAGCAAGCUGACCCCAGAGGUGAUGGAGGACCUGGUGAAGAAUACAGAGUUUAAUGAGCACGAGCUCAAGCAGUGGUACAAGGGCUUCCUCAAGGACUGCCCCAGCGGCCGCCUCAACCUGGACGAGUUCCAGCAGCUCUACGUCAAGUUCUUCCCAUAUGGUGAUGCCUCAAAAUUUGCACAACAUGCAUUUAGAACCUUUGACAAGAAUAGCGAUGGGACCAUUGACUUUCGAGAGUUCAUCUGCGCUCUGUCCAUCACAUCCCGAGGCAGCUUCGAGCAGAAACUCAACUGGGCCUUCAACAUGUACGAUCUGGAUGGGGAUGGCAAGAUCACUAGGGUGGAAAUGCUGGAGAUCAUUGAGGCCAUCUAUAAGAUGGUGGGCACUGUGAUCAUGAUGAAGAUGAAUGAGGACGGGCUGACCCCAGAGCAGCGGGUAGACAGGAUCUUCAGCAAGAUGGACAAGAACAACGACGACCAGAUCUCGCUGGAUGAGUUCAAGGAGGCGGCCAAGAGCGACCCGUCCAUUGUGCUGCUCUUGCAGUGUGACAUGCAGAAGUGAGCGAGCCUCCUGCCGUAACCAUCUCUCUCUCUCUCUCUGCAUCUCAGCUGCCAGGACUGGGAAAAAAAAACCUUUUACUCUUUCAUCCACCCUCUACAAUCUCCACUGGAUCAAAGAAAAGAAAGAAAAAAAAAAUUCGGGACUACUUUUCUCAACGAACUUGCUUCUUCUGGUUGAAUAAAUAAAUCUAUAUAUGCAUGAGAAUGUCACCUGCUACAAAUAAGCUAUAUACACACAUAUACUUAUAAAAAUGAAUAUAUAAUGAAAUAAAUUGUAAAGUGUGCAAAUUAGAUUAUUUCAUAUCCUCCCAUUUUAUCAUUAGAAUGUGGUUGAGUGCAGUGCGCCAUAGGUUUAUGUUUUUACAGUACAGUCAUGCUUGACCUACAAGCCUGUUUUUUCUGUUCUAAAUAGUUGUCAAAAGGAGAAAAUAUCCCCAUGAUAAUAAAAUAUGAAUACUAGUCGUAACACCACCAGUUAUAUCAAUAAAACAAGAGAUAAAAGCAAUUAUCAGAUAGCCCAAGGGCAAACAGGGAGUCCCUCCCAGUAUGUUCAGACCACAGAAAUCUAAAUGUCACUAGUGCAUGCAUGUGCCGUGUUCAGGUUAGGCCUCCAUUUUAGCCUCUGUCAGAGUAAAAGAGGACUAAAAAAGCCCUUGGACAUCAUUUUGCCUGUGUGGGAUGUUCACUUGUGAUCCAUUCAUACACUACUCACAUUCCUGUGCAAGCAUGUCUCCUUACUAAUAUGUAUGUUUGUCUGUGGCCCCUUCCUUCGCACACUUUUGAACCCUUGCCCCUAGGGAUGUUCUUGAUCACGCUAACGUGUUUAAAUGUCGCAUCAGUCUAUGCAUUGAGCUGCAGAAGGGAUGGAGAGCUCUCCCCUGCUGGGGGGGGGGGGGGGGGGGUCCAUCCUGAAAGAUAAAAAACGUCUGGAACAGGUCCGUCUCCGUCUCAAGCUAGCAAAAUGUUUACUUUCAGAAGUCCUGCUCAAAAAUAGGGUGAAGAACAUAGUGAAACAUGAAGGGCAGCACAUUACUUUUUGUUACCAGAGAUUUUGGUUUUUAUAUCACAUUGAUGUGAGCAUGUCCAGUGUGGUUGCAUUCCCUAUUUGUGUUUUUACCACAAGUAGUGUUUCAGAUGAAAAGGGCAAUAUGCUACAAGUAUUCCCCGGUUCGGUAAAGGGCCCCACAAGUGCUCAAGUUUCCCCACUUUGUGUAAAUGAAGACAAGCCCCUCCCAAUGUGUUUGGUACACAGGUUUACUCGAAGUGCACUGCAUUUUUAUUGACUCGUUUUUUGUAAAGAGAUACCUUUUUAAUUCAAGUUUACAUCCCGAAGACCAACACACUAAGUAUCUUAAGAACAGGUCUGGCCAGGAUGCAGCAUCCUCUUCUGGAGAAAAGACGAUAAAUAAUCAUUAGAUGGAAAUGAUUACUAGCAAACCAAGGCUAAUUGGAUUAUGGGGAUUAAAUGUAUUUGUUAAAAGCUAUUCUCAUGUGACAGGCCAGUGACCUGUUCUACUGGUAGUGCCUGGAGAGCCUGCUAGCUCUACCCUGCACUGAUCAUUCCAGUACUACUUACCCUUGGAUGCUGCAUCCCACAGAUACACAUAAACAAACCCUCCUGAGCAAAAAAAUGAAUAAAAAGAAAAAAAAAGGACAAAAAAAAAACACAGGCCGUUUGUACAAUCUCCAACUCUUGCUGGUUACAGUGUAUUUUGCCCUGUAAAUAUUUGUACUUAAUACAUAAAGGAAAUACCACAUUGAAGCAAGUGAGUAAUUUAACAGUGUCAGACCUAUAUUCCUGUUUUUAUAUGUGGCAUGUGUUUAAUUCCAGAUGUAACAAAUGUCAUGAUUGCACUAAUUACAUUGUGGUUAAAAAUCAAUAAAAAAAAAGCAUAUCCACGGGGAUAUUUCAGUGA